UAGAAGUUAACUACUUGGUAACGCAAUAUAGCUACUCAGUCUUUGUACUAGUUAUGAUUGAGUACAUUCUUUUCCGAUCCGCUAGUAUAUAGAGUUAAUUAUGUCAAGUAAAUUUUUAAGAUUCUGCAUUACUUUUUUAACCUUGUUGCAUCAUAUAAAUAGUAAAAUACUUCGUGGGACUCUCAUAACGCGUGAUAAUUGGGCCUUUCUUGCAAGAUUUUGUUUUCUCACAAAACAAGGCAUAUUUCGGUAUGAUUUAGAAAUUGAGGGUGAAAAUAGUUCGCUAAAUCUUUUACUGUAUUAUGAUGCGCCUCAUCAAUGGCCUAGUGUGUAUCCUUCAAACAAAACAUGCGAAGAAAAAGAAUCUAUUUUAAGCAUAACAAAUGGUCAGAUAGUACAAUUGUCUGCAUUGACAUCAAUCAAAUCUGGAUGUGAUGUAAAAAAUAAUUCAUCGCUACAUUGCAAUAGCUACAGAAGAUUUCAAUCAUCCAGACCAACAUGGUGGUUCAUCGUAUUAUCAGAUUGUUCUACUAAAACAGGUUUAAAUGUUACAUAUUGGAUUUCAUUAACAAAUGCACCUCCAGGUAACAUAUGGAAAGAACACUUUUCUGCAGAUGAAUUUUAUAUACUACCAGAAUUAUUAAUAACAGCUUGCAUUUAUAUAGUACUUCUCAUAUUAUGUUUUUAUGUAGCUGUACAAUUACGUUCAAGAAGACUCCUACAUGUUUCAUAUAAAUUAUUUAUGGGUUCUCUUCUAUGUCAGCUAAUGGGCAUUUUAUUAGAAAUUUACAGUUAUUUUAAUCUCGCAUUGAAAGGAGUUUUUAUAACUAGUGCUUCUUUAGUGGGUCAUCUUUUAGAAGCAUGUUCAGAAACUUUAUAUACAGUGCUUAUGCUACUGUUAGCAUUCGGCUACACUAUCACUAAAAGUGCAUUAACACCUAAACAAAUUCGAUGGCUUACAUAUUUCAUUUGUCUUAGUGCAGCUUGUCAGCUGGCGUUAUAUAUGUAUCAAUUUGAGAUCUUUGAUCCUGGUUUAGUCCUUUAUAUCUAUGAAUCACCACCAGGUUAUGGACUAGUAGCAUUGAAAUUGAUUGCAUGGAUUAUAUUUGUUCUUCGUUGUUUUAAAACAACUAAGAAGAUGACAAAAAAAGUCCAUUUUUAUGCAUCUCUACUUUCUUUAGGAUCAGCAUGGUUCUUAUGUCAUCCAUUGACGGUACUGUGUAUUACUGUGCUUGUAGACAAGUGGAUAAGGGAGAGUGUGGUAAGAGGAUGCUCUCUUUGGAUUGUUCUUGUGGGGCAUGCAACAUUUCUUUACGUUACACGGCCUACUAUUGCAAAUUCGCGUUUUCCAUUUCAUAUUAGAACAUGCCAAGUAGUUCCAGUUGGCGGUAAUGGACAAAAUCACAGUUAUGAGCCUCGAUUCCGAAAAGUAGUUACAGCAUUCACAAUCUCAUAAUUGUUAUUAUCUCUUCCUCUUAUUCUUAGGAGUAAUAUGUAAAAAGUACGAAAUGAUGGAUAAAAUUUCUAUGAGGUGUAAAUAAUAUUUACAUCAUUAUUAUGCUUUUAGAAUGUUUUUAUCUUAAAAUAUUUCUAGCAUGCAUAUAUCAUUAAAAUUAUUAUUUACCUAAAAAUAGUGUUCAUAAAAAUGUAUAUUGUAUUAAAUCCAUAUAAACAAACAUUUAUAUAAUCUUGUGUAACUGUGAAUAUAUCUUUGAUGUUUCUGUAUUGCCUACCAAUAUCUUUGUAGGUAUUUAUUCGUGUAUUUACAACUUCAAGAUAAAUCUAUUAUUCAUUUCAACAGAGAAAAUGCUUGCUGAUUAUGAGCCAUUUUUUAAUUCAAUCACACGAACCAUCUAACCAUCCAUCUCUCCACCUUUGGUCAACUAAUUUGCAAUCAAAUUCUGGUUUACCUAACUUUUUGUUUACCUUAUUAUGAACAGCACAUAGCCAUUGACUCAAGAUUUUCUGUGAGUCAGUUUGUGGUGGCAUAUUUUUUAAUUGUUCUUGAAAAUCUUCUGCGCAAGUGUGGCAGGGAUAAAACUUAGAAAAUAUAUACAUGAAUUUUUUCAUAUCACUUUUUUGUUCUUCACUUGGAUGAUCAGGAUAGCGGGCUGCCAUUGUAUGUAAAAAUGCCCAUGUUUUUGAACCUAUUUCAUCUCUAGUUAACGGACAAUCAUCACGUUGAGUAGUAGUAAUGUUUGUACUAGUAUUAUUUGCUUGCUGCUUUUGAGCAUCAUUCUAAAAGAGAUAAAUAGAUUAUUUCUAUUUUUUUUUUUUUUUUUGUUUUUUUUUUUAAUAUUUAUUUCUAUUAAACAUACCU